UUUCUGCCAGUAACUCCAGUCAACAGGGCUCACUUCUAACGCCACUGUACGGUUUUCUAGCAGCGGAAUAUUUCUCUGUUCUGCAAAAGAGGAAGUCGUUGGUUUAAAGCUUUCAUAGCAGCCUAGACAGCACAACCUCAAAAGAAAGAAGCUCCUUUCUAUUAGCGGCACAGACAUUCCUGUCAGCAGAAACCCUGCCAUCGCAAGGCACACCCCCCAAAUACCCAGAGACACCGGGAUUGAGAGUCAGGGGAUUUCAAGAGACUGGAGAGUAAGAUGCUGCUCCAGGACGUUCAAUUGGAGACGGAGGAGGACAAGGAGGGGGAGAAGGAGGCUGGGCCUCAGGGUGCUCUUGGGCCAAUCAGGGUGUCGGUCGAGCUGCAGUACCAACUGGGGGAGAGGACAGAGACGCAACUCCGGGAGAUGGGGGCCAGGUGUGUGGAAGAGUCGACGCUGACCGACCUCUACUACGACACCGAGAGCUUUCAGCUGGCCGCCCAGCAGACCUGGCUGAGCAGGCAGGCCAGCCAGUGGAGGCUGAUCCAGGGGCAGGGGCCAAACUCGUCCGUCGUCACCGGCGAUGAGGCCAAGCACUCGGAGCCCCGGGCGAGGGUCGGAAGCGGGGCCUCCCCGGUGGAGAUGUACGCCAUCAGAGUAGCCGUAGAGAGAGGUGGGAAAUUGGCGGAGGUGCCAGAGGGCCUCAAAGAUGAUCCACUUCCUGGGCCUGUAGAAGGUUCAGAGCCCCUAGGGGACCAGAAGAUCCUGCUGCAACCUCCCCCAGUGCCCCAGUACUGCGAGCUGACCGCCAGCAGCGCCAUAGUGGAGCACCUGGCCCACUGCCUACAGGUUGCCUCCACGGAGGAGGAGGGGGGAGAAACCAUGAGCGUCGACCGCUUCGUGGAGCUGGCCGGCAUCCAGAACUAUGGCUGCUGGACAGUAUCCAGGAGGCUGGAGUACAGGCUGCCGGGCACCUGCACUCUGGAGGUGAGGAAGGACUACACCGGCUUUCCACGGGCCCACAUUGCUCUUCUGACCAUGGGUGCCAACGUGCUGGACAUUGGUCGAGAGCUGGAGAAGAUGGAAAGUCUGGCAGCUGAGCUGGACCUCCAGCACAGACUUGCCUAACUGAUGGAAUGAUACCACAUCCCCACCCACAUUGAUGAUGUCACAAUGAUCUCUGUUUCCACUCAUUAAGGUGUUCCAUGUGGCAUUACAGUUUAUUUGACAGAUGCUUUUAUCCAAAGCAUUAAGUGCAUACCAAAGGUCAAUGGAACAAAUACAAACACAGGUCAGAUAAGGCACAAUUUAGUCAUAAAGUAGCAGCUAUCCUUAGCCAUGAACAUCAAGUCUAGUUCACACACUGACGCUAUGGCUAAGUCUAAAGGCCAAAUCAGAAAUGCUGCAGCUAAGUCUUAGAAGUAAGGCAUGAUGACAAGAAAUUACAAGACGAUACAGGUGCUACAUGAAAGUGCUAGAAGAUCAUGAAACCAGAUACAAAUGCUAGAUGAAAGCGCUACCUGAUUGAGGGUAGCCCUGCAGGGAUGUGUAGUGUUAAUAUUAAUCAAGGUAUUCUGUCUGAAGGGAUGUGUCUUCAGAGCACAACUGAUGCCAGGUUGAGCUCUAGAACACUCAACAGCUGUGAACUUGCACACUGGAAAUAGGACGUUAUUAGAUUAUAUUAAUAAAAGGGACCUCAGUUUAUUACUAUGCAAAAAGCCCAGGAAAUGUGCCAGGUUGGUCAAACGAGGCCUUAUGUAUAAAUCUUCCCUGCAAAGUACUUAACUAAAAUGUCUAAAAGGAGAAACACAUUUAAACUUUCAAUGCAAUUCCGGGGUAAAACAGCUAAUGAGAAAUGUAUCAAUAAAUCAAAUUCAUUGUUUCAAAA